CAUGAAACUCCACACGAAUCUCAGCUCUGUUAUAGUACGCACUUAUUUUGCUGCGGGGAAUGUCAUACAGUACUAACCACUACUCACCGGAACUGUUUUAAAAUAUUAUAAAGCAAAAUAAAUGGCAGAUAUCAGUUAUCAUAAUAAAUGUAACCAUACAGAUUUAACAUCAAACUUCACAAUCUGGGAAAAUAAAGCUGAAGAUCCUCAUUUAUUAUAUAUAACAUUUACACCAAUUUUAAUACUCCUAUGUUUAUUUACAAUAAUAGUUAAUAUAAUAUUAUUAUUGUCUACUUUAUGGAUAAAAAAACCACUUUCACCAACUUUAUAUAUAAGUUUAAGUUUAGCAGGUACAGAUCUCUACACUUCAUUUUUACUAGGUCUUAGUUUUACUGUUCACAGUCUUUUACCUGAAGGAUUUCAAAUAGUAUUAAUGACUAAUUGUAUGAGUUUGGUAUUAGAAGCUUUAAGAUUGGGAGCAAUAGUAACAACUGCAGGACAUUUAUUAUUAUUAGCUUUUAACCAUUACAUUGGUAUACUACGACCACUUCAUUAUUCAGCAACAGUCACUCAUGGAACUUUGUCUUUAUUUAUGAUUUUUUUAUGGAUUGCACCACCAUCUUUUUUAUUAACUUAUUUCAACAUGAUACCAUGCCAAGCAUUUCAAUCUCAUCAUUGUAGUUAUGAUUUUUUAUUAGAAUCAAAAUUUAGGAGUGCAUUUACAGCUGUAUUAUUUGGAUCUUUAUUAACGAUGGGAUUUAUAUACUAUCACAUAUUUACUAUAGUAAAAAGGCACCAAGCUAAUCGUUUACUAUACAAACAAAGUGGUAGCAUGUACAAUAAAAAAUCUACACGGGUGAAUUUUAAACAAUCAACUUGUUCACAACAAUGUAAAACUGAAAAAGCUGUUUACACCACAUUAAUGAUUGUGGGUAGUGUAGUUAUAGGAUGGAUGCCAGCAUGUUUACAGUAUUAUUUAAUAUGCAAUAAUUGUGUAAUACAACCAGAUUGGUCAAGUUUAAAAAUAAGGUUUUACACAUACUUUGCAAUCAACUGCCUAGUAAUUCUAAAAUCAGCAGUAAAUUCCUAUAUUUAUGCAGCUAGAAUGCAAGAUAUUCAGGUUGCAAUAUGCAAAAUGUACUACCAAACAAAACGAAAAAUGAAUAGAAAAAAUAACAAUACUUUGGAUUCUAUAGAAAAUGAUGAUUACAAAUUUAAUAAAUCAUCAAUGAAAGGUUUUCCCAUUAAAGAAAAUAGCCAAAAGUUCAUCAGUGUCAAAUUUAGAUUAAAAAAAGGAAACAGAGAGCAAUGUGGGUAUAUACCUACAAUUUUGAUACAUGUUUGCAAUAGAUAUAACAAACUAGACAACUUUUUUAUAAUUUCUCAGUAAAAAAUUGCAAUAUAAAAUAUUGAAUAUCAAUUUCAUACUAAAAUUAAUUUCUAUUAUAUGUAAUUAUACAUGCAUUAUACUUAUAAAUCAUAAAACUAGUAAUCAGGAUAUAAUUAAAUAAAUAGAAAUUGUUUUUAGAAUAAUCUAACAAUUAAUUCUAAAAAUUAAACACUUUACAAAUUUGCAUU